AUGUCCGCAUUCACUCCAAUCGAAGAUGUCAUUGAGCAUUUCAAGCAGAACAAGUUCGUCAUUGUGAUGGAUGACGAAAACCGUGAGAAUGAAGGUGACUUGAUCUGUGCUGCUGAAAAUAUUACAUACAAGGACAUGGGUUUCCUAGUGCGUCACUCUUCGGGUUACGUAUGUGCCCCAAUGUCCAACAAGAUCGCUGACAACUUGGAUCUACCAUUAUUGAGAAACAUGAAAUACGAGUCUUUCGACGACGACAGACACGGAACAGCAUAUACCAUCACCGUCGACUACGAGGAAGGAACCACAACAGGUAUCUCUUCCCAUGACAGAGCUUUGACAUGCAGAAAAUUGGCGGACCCAUCCUCUACGCCAAAGAGCUUCUUGAAACCAGGCCAUAUCUGUCCUUUGAGGGCAGUCGAUGGCGGUGUAUUGAAGAGACGUGGCCACACAGAGGCUGCCGUCGAUCUAUGUAGAUUGAGUGGUCUACAAGAAGUCGGUGUCAUCUGUGAAUUAGUCAAAGAUGAGGACGGAUCGAUGAUGAGGCUGGAUGACUGUAUCGAAUUCUCUAAGAAAUUCAAUGUCCCUAUUAUUACCAUAGAUGCAUUAGUAGAAUAUUUACAAAAAUAA